CCAGCGUCUCCUUCUCACUGCGCCUGGAUGUGCUCCGAGUUGGUCAAUUCUGAAGUUGGAGCAAGCGACGCCGCCCCGACUUCCCAGAUUGGUGCCCUCGGUCGGCAACAAAAGACUUAGUCAGCUUCGCGGUAGCCGGCACUGGGCACAGAGCAUGAACAUGAACCUCUGAAGACUUGCGAAACAGGAAAAUUUCGUUGCAAUCCUCGCAUCUCAGAGCUUACGAUUGCAUAAAGGGCACGACUGACGCGAAGACUUGUUACCGCUGUGUUCGGACGAAGGCCUUGACAAAGCCCAUCAAUUCUCUGCGCUUGUAUCAAGCUCAGAAUUGAGACUUCCUCAGUACAAUGUCGAGUUGGAUCAAGUCUGCAUUUGGCGGCGGCGUAGCCACGCCGCCGCCAGAGCUCGAAUACGCAAAUUGGUCUGGAUCAUUCACGGACGCUGGCGCACACAAACGGUUUGCGGAAGGGAUUCUGCACAACCUCGUUCUUCCCGGUGAAGUCACGGCCAUGGCCUGCGAGCCUGUGCUGGGGUAUCUGGCUGUUGGAACUACCACCGGAACGCUGCACCUCUACGGCUCCCCCCCAGUGCAGUUGAGCAUCACGUUGCGCCCUGCGGUGAAAGUCAAGCAUCUGCUCUUCAAGUCCGGUUCACCCCUUCUGAUCUGCAUUGACGCGAAGGACACGAUCAGUGUCUAUGAUCUCUCGCGCCCGGAUCCGCAGGUGGCUUCCAAAACGACGGAUACAUCGAAUCCUUUCCAGCCGCUGAAUGCGCUCCAAGGCGGCUCCCAGUCUGGACCACCCCAUCCAGAGACACCAACACGAAUUGCGGCGCAUUCGGCUCGGAAUGAGGUCAUAUGCGUCGAGCUCAGUCCUAGCCAUGAUCACCUCUUCCUUGGCAUGCGCGAUGGAACGAUCGAUUGCUACGACUUGACACGAUUACAGCCAAGCCCGUACAGAAUCCCUAACCUGUGGUGGGAAGAGGAGGAGAUCUUGCGCAAGUCAGGCGUGCCAGACGCACCUUCGCGGCGGCAUGUGCCUUUGGUCGUCCAGAUCGAGACUCACCCUAAGAAUUUGACUCAGCUACUCAUUGCUUACGAAGGAGGUGUGGUGCUCUUGGAUCUCAAGACGCGCACGGUGCUUCGCACAUAUCAACUACGUCUGCUUCCAGGUGCGCCUGGAGCAGGGGGUGGGGAUCCUAACCAGAUAUGGACGGAGCGUUCCUCGGCGGUGACGAGCAUUACGUGGCGUCCCGACGGCGAUGUCUUUGCAGUGGGGCAUGAAGACGGGUGCAUCUCGUUCUGGCAUGUUAAGGACGACGGGAAGCCUUUGCUGGUCCGGACACUGGAUCGCAUGGACGUCGACAGGCCACAGGUACCCGAUGGCAAGAACACGAACGGUCCAGAGCAAGCAGCGCCGCCCCGCGAGCCCAUCUUCAAGAUCACGUGGACUGGCUUCCCUGAACAGUCAUGGCUCGAGUACGCUAGCAAGGCCGUCGGUUCGCGAACCCCUAGCGGUAGUGUAGUCCCACCAACGGAGAAAGAGGCAGCAGAAAAGGCGCAGGACCCGCAGAUGGGAACCGUCGUCACCAUUCUGGGUGGUGUCGUUCCGUUCCGCGACGCUCCUGGUCUCACAUGCCUACAUAUGCCGCCUUACGCGAUCCCAAAAGCGCUUUGGGGAAGCUCCGCAAGCACUCCAGAGGCUUUGUCGAAGGUUCGCGCUCAGCUGCGCGCGUCUCUAGAUACGACGCGCGAAUCACGGUAUAACACGCCAUCUCCUGUGGAGGACUUUUUGCUGGUUCCAAAGAACAAUCCGCACUACUCGAUGAACUACGACCCACAGGCUAUCAUCACUCUUCUCGCUGCGGAACCAAAUUUGCCUUCUCUUCCACCACCAGCUGCUGCCAGGGGACUGAAGUGCUAUCCAUUCCCGCCGCCGCGCGCCUCAGACCGCAAAUCUCGGGCGAGCCUGCCUCCGACUGGAUCUCUCAUGCAACAGCCAGCUCCAGAGAUGCAACUGCCGCUGCCCCUGAGCUUUACAGGUUCGGGAGCCAUCUUGGGCGCAACCUUGGAAACCUUGUCUGUCCAUUCUUAUCGCAAGCUUGGCGGAAAAUGCAGUGAGAUAUCUGGAGCACUGGGAGCAUCGGCUAACUUGGCACCGCAGCUAGUCGAUGGCGGCUCUCUGACCCUCAAAGGCGGCAAGGCAUACCCGAUUGUCUCGGGCGACCCUUCUUUAGAACCGGAGAUGCUUGCUAAGCGGCUGUCGUACCGAGUGCUCAUCACAUGGCACCUUGACGGUACAGUUCGCUUUCACGAUGCGAGUCCGCAUUUGUUACUGCAUACGCCCAAGGGUACAGAAGGCACUGAUGCUGCGGUACCUGCUGAGCGGCCGCUCGAGCACCCUUUUCCGGCACCCCUUCCUCACUUGACCAUCUCCUCCCGCGAUCUCAUCCACCAUCCACACCUUACUGGAAAUCCUUCUGUUGAACCGCUCAAGGUGGACUCAGAGAGACUCAGCGUGAUUGAUGUCAAGCUAGCCACUGAGAUGUUGGAGCUGGCCAUCAUCUUGCGCUCUGGCAAAAUCAUCUACUUCAAGCACGGCUUUGCACGAGCAAGGGCGAAGGAUGCAGUUGUGGAAGACGUCGCGCAAGAGUUACAGCGCAACGCGGCGUUCGCCAGUAUCCCACCUGUUCAGCACGCGCAUACGCAGGCCCAGCAAACACAUAGAUCCAGCCCUUCCGUAACUUCUUCCCUCUCGCAAGAGGCUCGGCUCGAUGCAGCGAUGUCAGAUGCCUUGUCUACGAUGAACAUGCAGCCGACGCCGUCCAAUCAAGGGCCGGGGCCAGGGCCAGUGGGCGUGACUGGUACGCCGGUGCGACCACCUCGUCCUCCCAGAGACCCUAACAGGCCUACAACGAGCCGCAAUGAAUCUCCAGCAAACUCGCCACUGCUCUCAAAUUGUCGCUUCGAGCCGCGUCAACCACUGACGCCACCACAGUCAACUUUUCUACCUGGUUUCAGUCCAGGGCUCCCUCCUUCGCAUAUGCCUCCCCCGCGAAUGCUGGCCGCGCAGGAAUUGACCGACAUCACCCACCUCUCUACUUGGCAUGCUGACGGUUUCAAGCCAUUCCUUCUCAUCGACCUCAAUCGAGGAGAUUGCACAUCGGUUGCAGUCAGCGACAUUGGGUUCUUUGCAGCUGCAUGCGGCAGCGCUUUGGCUCUCAUUGACUUGCGUGGGCAAGAAUUGAUCGUGCGCGACUCAUUUGGCGACACUGUCGAACCAGAGGACGCAUCGCGCGAGGAGCGUAAGGCUGUCGAAGCUGAGAGCAAGAGCAUCAUUCACCACCUCACCUUCGCAAUCACGAGAGUUGCAAGCGACCCAAGAAUGGCUCCUCGACUGCUUGUCUCGCGCGAGAAUGGGCUGAUGUCUGUCUGGACGAUCACGCAAACGCUGGACCAAUGGCUUGCGUCCCGCAGCUCUGCGCACAAGCUGGAUGGCACUGCUCACACGCAGAAGGUCAUGGUUUGCGAUGCUAAUGGCUUCCAAGUGCGAUCAACUGGCGUUGAGCUGCAGCGCGCCCAGCGGGAAAUUGAAAGAGGAGGCCCGACAGAAAACGACGCUGUAAGAUGCGGGAUUGCAAUCUUCAUCUCAAGAGGCAUGGUUACACUUCGUUAUGGUAUUGAUGGGCCCGUGAUUGCAAAGGAAGAGAUCAAUGACAGGAUUCUCGGUGCUAACAUUGUUGAGCGCAACAUGGAGAGGGUCUUGCUGGUCAUCACAGCCGCGAGCAUCUUCAUUUACACCUUGCCCCAUCUGGACCUGAUCGAUCGUAAACAAAGACAUCACCGCGACCAAGGCAUGAGCUCAGGCUACGCGCUUCGCGCUUGCGCUGACAUCUCAGGUGACUUUAUCGACCUCGGCUCAAGCCUUGAUGUCCGCCUCUGGACGAUCUUUGCGACGCAGCCCCGUCCCGGCCCACCCUCGUAUCUACUUCACGAUCCGGGCUUGAUGACGCCGAUACACCCAGGUGUAGGCGCAAGCUCAGUUGCGGCUGCCGUGACUGGUUGGUUCAGCAGUAAGAGCGGAGCCGUCACAACUGGUGGACAGCUAGAUGAGAUACUUGCCGGGGCAAACCGGCCGCCACCCGCUGCGUUGCCGGAACCGCUGGGGCAACGUGCGUCCUACCGGCCUCCGGACGCAAAAUCUCUGGUAAACGUGGAUGCUCAAGGCUGGCCCAUUCCAGAAUCAGCAAGUGGGACAGCCACCAUUGGCGGCCGCAAUCCGGUGCCGUACAGCAAGUCAGCUGCGGGCCUCACUACUGCGCAGAGUGCACGCGAUCAGGCGAGCUGGAAUGUCGAUCUCGCCAAGCAGCGUGGGGAGAUGAUGAACAGCUUAGAGGAAGGCUUGAGCAACCUCGAGCGCGGGGCGUCGCAAUUCUCGCGGAAUCUGAAGAACAUGGCUCUGCAGUCUGCGGCAAAGGACCGCAUCAAGAGCCUCUUUUAAGCGGCGACAGGGCUCAUGCGUCAAUAUUCAACGCGGACUCCGCAACGCCAGGUAAGGGACGAAAAACGUAGCUUUAGUGUAACUCCGGCGCCCAAAGUAAUGCUAAACGUAAUAGAUACAGUUGAUAUACUGGUACAAAUACAGACAUU